CUCAGCGCCGUCAUGCUGGCCUCGGGGCUGCUGCUGGCGGCUUUGCUGUCCUGCCUGACAAUCAUGGUCUUGAUGUCUGUCUGGCGGCAAAGGAAGCUCUUGGGAAAGAUGCCUCCUGGUCCCCCAGCACUGCCCUUCAUCGGGAACUACUUGCAGCUGAACACAGAGCAGAUGUACAGCUCCCUCAUGAAGCUCAGCGAGCGCUACGGUCCAGUGUUCACCAUCCACCUGGGCACUCGGAGGGUCGUGGUGCUGUGUGGACAGGAGGCUGUAAAGGAGGCUCUGGUGGACCAGGCUGAGGAAUUCAGUGGGCGAGGCGAGCAGGCCACCUUUGACUGGCUCUUCAAAGGCUAUGGAGUGGCGUUCAGCAACGGGGAGCGCGCCAAGCAGCUCCGGCGCUUCUCCAUCUGCACGCUGCGGGACUUCGGCGUGGGCAAGCGGGGCAUCGAGGAGCGCAUCCAGGAGGAGGCGGGCUUCCUCAUCGAGGCCUUUCGGGGGACGCGAGGUGCCUUCAUCGAUCCCACCUUCUUCCUGAGCCGAACUGUCUCCAAUGUCAUCAGCUCCAUUGUCUUCGGGGACCGCUUUGACUAUGAGGACAAAGAGUUCCUUUCACUGCUGCGCAUGAUGCUGGGAAGCUUCCAGUUCACAGCCACAUCUACGGGGCAGCUCUAUGAGAUGUUCUCCUCGGUGAUGAAACACCUGCCGGGGCCACAGCAACAGGCAUUUAAGGAGCUCCAGGGGCUGGAGGACUUUAUAGCCAAGAAGGUGGAGCAGAACCAACGUACACUGGAUCCCAACUCCCCGCGGGACUUUAUCGACUCCUUCCUCAUCCGCAUGCAGGAGGUACCUGCCAGCAGCCAGUGCAAAGAAGACCAAAGCCUAGCAGAGGAAAAUCAGGCGGGGGCAGGGGGGCCGGGGAGAACAGAGGCUCGUUCAGAUGACUCCCCCCACCCCCCAUUAUAA